AUGUGUGCCGACUCCAUGUGCGCGCAGGUCUCUCGGAAAGCACAGGUUCUCGGCCAGCUGCGGGCACAGGGCUGGGGAGCAACAGGAGCGGGACAGCAUGGACAGCAGCAGGGGUAUGGACAGCGUACGGAUGGGAGGACGGGGAGCACCUGUAGGGGGAUGCCAGGAUGGACAUGGGCAGGACCAGGGAAAGCGGGGCCAGCCGAGGGUCCAGAGGGACUGGGGACUUUGCGGGGGCAUGCUGGGACGGGCAGAGGCGGGGCCAGCAGGACCCGGGCGCUGGGCUCACCGCAUCCCCGCGGGGUCAUUCCCGGCUGGGCAGCGGGGCCGCUGGCACUGGCACGGGACCUGCUGGCCGAGGACGGGGAGCCCUUCUUUGUCCUCAACAGCGACGUGAUCUGCGAGUUCCCCUUUGAGGCGCUGGCCCGUUUCCACCGGCACCACGGCGGCGAGGGCUCGCUGGUGGUGACCCGCGUGGAGGAGCCGGCCAAGUACGGCGUGGUGGUGUGCGAGGCCGACACCGGCCGCAUCUGCCGCUUCGUGGAGAAGCCGCGCGUCUUCGUGUCCAACAAGAUCAACGCCGGGCUCUACAUCUUUAACCCCGGCAUCCUGCAGCGCAUCCAGCUGCGCCCCACCUCCAUCGAGAAGGAGAUCUUCCCGGCCAUGGCGCAGGACGGGCAGCUCUAUGCCAUGGAGCUGCAGGGCUUCUGGAUGGACAUUGGGCAGCCAAAGGACUUCCUCACGGGCAUGUGCAUGUACCUGCAGGCGCUGCGGGCUCAGCACCCUGAGAAGCUGCACUCAGGGCCUGGUGUUGUAGGGAACGUGCUGGUGGACCCCAGUGCCAAGAUUGGGGCAAACUGUGUCAUCGGCCCUAACGUGACGAUCGGGGCCGGCGUGGUGGUGGAGGACGGGGUGCGCAUCAAACGCUGCACCGUGCUGGAGGGGGCCCGCAUCCGCUCCCACUCCUGGCUGGAGUCCUGCAUCGUGGGCUGGAGCUGCUCUGUGGGCCAGUGGGUGCGCAUGGAGAACGUCACCGUGCUGGGUGAGGACGUCAUCGUCAACGACGAGCUCUACCUCAACGGGGCCAACGUGCUGCCACACAAAUCCAUCGCCGAGUCCGUGCCAGAGCCGCGCAUCAUCAUGUAGCAGAGCACCCUGCGGCCCCAGCCCUCCUUGGAUUAAAUAUUUAUAUUUCCAUUUA